AUGUCAUCUCCACGAUUCUCAAACAAGCUCGCCGGCAAACGUGUCCUUCUGGUGGGAGGCACCGGUGGUGUUGGCAUGAGCGUCGCCCAAGCUCUCAUCGAAUUUGGCGCGUCGAUCAUCCUCUCCUCCUCCCGAGAAGCCAAAGUCCGAGAAGUCUGUACCCAGCUCAUCAGCACCUAUCCAGAAGCUAGAGAUCAAGUCUCGGGACAUGCCUGCGACCUGGCCAGCCCGACCGUCGAAGCCAAUAUCGAAGAACUCUUCACGAAGGUCGGCGAGAUUGACCACAUUGUCUACAUGGCUGGCGACCGAUUGCCCAUGAUCCCGCUGGAGGGCGUCACGCUCGAGAAGUGGCAGAAGUGCAACCAAGUCAGAACCAUUGCCGCCAUCCUGGUUGUCAAAAUCGGGACAAAGUACAUGAAGAAGGACCGACACUCCUCAAUUGUCUUGACCGGCGGCUCGAUCUCGGAGAAACCAAUCGCAGGAGGAUGGUCCAUGCUGGCACUCAUUGGUGCUGGCUUGAACGGUCUAGCAAGGCAGCUGGCGUUCGACCUUGCACCGAUCCGGGUGAACUGCGUUGCUCCGGGUGUUAUCGAGACGGAUCUGUGGCAGGGCAUGGGUGAGGAAGGGAAAAAGGCCUUCUUCGCCAGCCACGAGAGCAAGAUCCCAACUGGCAAGGUCGGACAGCCCGAAGAUCUUGCCGAGGCGUACCUCUAUUGCCUGAAGGAUGCCAAUGCGACGGGGAUAGUCGUACACUCCAACAGUGGGACGUUCUUGAUGUGA